UGAAAAAAGGUGGAAGAAGAAAGAGACGAGUUUUAGGGAUUUUUUGGCGGCUUUAGCCUGUAGGGCUCUCCUCGACUCGACUCACGCUGCGACCAUCUUCACGGCCUUUUUUUUUUUCAUUUCCUCUACUUCGGUCCGGUCUACCUUGUCUUCUUCUUCGUCUCCACAUCGAUCCUAAGGUGUUGCUCUGAUCUCACAUCCUCUGUUAUUUUAGCUUGUCAUUCUCAGAUCGCGAUUUCUUCUUACGGCGUUGAUUCCAAUGCUCUUUGAUGAGAUAAAGGAAUCGCUUAUAUGAGAUGUCAGACAAGGUUAUUCGCCCGAUCAGGAUGAAACGAUCCACAAUGGAUCCCUCCUACGUUUCUUCAGUCACCUCCUCCGGUAAAGCCGCCUCCUCCGCCUUGCUCAAAGUUAAGUUAGAGCGCGACAACAACAACAACGACAGAUCCUCUUCCUCCUCCUCCGGGAAAGCCUUGGUUGCUGUCAAGUUAGAGAAGGAAGACUCUCCUCUUCUCCUAACCACCACCACCACCACCACCACUAGGAGAAGAGCCUUAAAAAGGAAACGACUCUCUGAUCUAGUCGAAAAAUCCAGAAGAUUCGCUAAACACAGCUUCGAGAAACAGAGAACCAGCCAGCGAGAAUUGACCACUCGAUGGAGUACUGAAAGGAUUGAUUUCUCGGAGCAAGUGAUUGCGGAUGUGUUGAAGGAGAAAGGCGCUUCUUUCGACUCCCCUGUGACACGUGCCGAGUUGAGAGCCUCGGUACGUGGGGAGAUUGGUGAUACGGGGCUCUUGGACCAUUUGCUGAAGCAUAUCGAUGGGAAUGUGACUCCCGGGGGAGCUGAUCGGUUCAGGAGGUGUCACGAUACCCAAGGGACCAUGCAGUAUUGGCUUGAGAGUGCUGAUUUGCUCAAGAUCAAACGCGAGUCUGGUGUUCCUGAUCCUAAUUGGGUUCCUCCUCCUUGGUGGAAGCUUCACGGUGGUGGUGGCAACGGUGUGAUCAAGAUUGAGUCUAGGGUUGAUGAUGAUGAGCAGCCGUCUGCUUCCGAGCUUAAAGAAGAGAUGGAUAGGAUGAAGAGUGAGAUCAAAGAGCUUGUGUCUGAAUUGGCUCUGAUUAAACGUGAAUGUGGAAUUACUGAUCCGGAUUUGAUUCCCCUUGCUCAAUGGAAGAUUCAGAGUUCAUCAUCACAUUCGCAUGGAGCAUCAUCUGCUGUCUCCUCGAAGCUUAGGGAAGAAAUUGAUCAAAUCAAGAGUGACAUCAAAAAACUUGUAUCCAAGCCAAAGUUACCAGAUCAUGCUGAUGAUGCAAAUGAGAAACUAUUUAUGGAGAUUAUGAGUUGGAAGGUAAAGACUGAUAAGCAAAUUGCUGAGAUCUCAAAGGCGUUGACAUCAACACAGGGCAUGGUUAAGGAACUAGUUUUGUGGAAAGAUAAAGUAGAACAGAAGCUGGUGGGAAUUUCAAACAAUGUGCAGGCAAACGGGACCAACUCCUUCAAUCCAGCACCUCAAAGCUGGGAGCAUAUAUUGCAUAAUGCGAACUUGGAUGACUUCACAGUGAAUGGUUUCGAACCAUGGGAUGUUGAUGCUAACCUUAUCGAUGUUCUGCCAGAGGCUGUCAGGCCUGAUGCCUACUCGCUUCCACCCAAUGCUCGCAAAAGCUCUUUCCAAGACCAUAUGUGGUUUGAGGAACAGUCAGUGCUCAACUCCGAGAUGCAAAGGACAGAAAGCUGCAUGACCAGAGGUGAUUCCAGAAGCUCCAAUCAGGACAAAGCUGAGAUGCCUCCAGGUCCAAGACCAGAUAUUGACGACGCAAAUAUUGAUUCUCAGGAAACAUUGAAAGAGUUGGUGAACUGGAAAGCCAAAGCAGAGCAGCAGCUAAUGGAAAUGUCAGACGUUGUCCGUGUCUGCAGGGAUAGAGUCAGAAACACACACUAGGCACAUGAAUUGAUGGAUUCACUUACAUAGAUUCCCUUGGAGACUUGUACAGGGUUUCUGGUUAAAA